UUGCCGAGGAUGUGGUGGUGGGAUGCGCGGGUGACGACGCUCUUCAAGAGGAACCUUCAACCCACGCUGACCUACUGGAGCGUCUUCUUCAGCUUCGGCCUGUGCAUCGCCUUCCUGGGGCCCACCCUGCUGGACCUGCGCUGCCAGACCCAAAGCUCCCUCUCGCAGAUCACCUGGGUCUUCUUCUCGCAACAGUUCUGCCUGCUGGUCGGCAGCUGCUUGGGAGGCGUCUUCAAGAGAACGUUGGCUCAGUCUUUGCUUGCCCUUUUUGCAUCAUCCCUUGCGAUCUCUGUGGUUUUUGCCAUUAUCCCUUUCUGCCACAAUGUGGUGGUGCUCGCAGUGGUCAUGGCCAUGGCUGGGCUGGCAAUGGGAUGCAUCGACACUCUCUCCAAUAUGCAGCUGGUGAAGAUCUAUCAGAAGGACUCUGCUGUCUUCCUGCAGGCUCUUCAUUUCUUUGUGGGUUUUGGUGCCCUUCUAAGCCCUUUGAUAGCUGACCCUUUUCUGUCGGACACCAACUGCAUCUUGACAAAUGUCACAGCCAACGGUAGCAGCAAUCUCCCUCACAUCCGAAAGUCAUUGGUCCCACAUCAUCCUGGAAACCUGUCACACUAUGACCUGCCCACAAAAGGACUGGUGGUGACUCGGGUCUCUUAUGCCUUCUGGAUUAUGGCUUUGAUCAAUCUGCCUGUCCCCUUUGCGGUGUUCCUUUUGCUCUACAAGGAAAGGCUGGUGCCCUGCUGUCAGAGCAGCAGCCCCCCACUGCUGCCAGCCGAUGAACUGGCCAUGGAAACACGGGCAGCUGACAGGGAUGAUUCUUCUACUUCCUCACCCAAAAUUCAGCCAGAAAUAGGGCAUGGUGACCUCUUUGGAUGCUGCCAAAGCAAGAACUUCAGAGGAGUUCCUUGCUCCUACUUUGCUGUCCAUGUGACUGGAGCCCUUCUCCUCUUCAUGACUGAUGGGAUCAUGGGCGAGUAUUCAGGUUUUGUGUACAGCUAUGCUGUGGAGGAACCACUCUCAGUGGGACAUAAGAUGGCUGGGUAUCUGCCCAGCCUCUUCUGGGGGUUCAUCACAAUGGGCAGGCUCAUCUCCAUCCCUGUGUCAUACAGAAUGAAGCCAGCAACUAUGGUUUUCAUCAACGUGGUUGGGGUGCUCAUCACGUUCUUCCUGCUGCUGAUCUUUUCAUACAGCGUGGUCUUCUUAUUUCUGGGGACAGCAUCCCUGGGUUUGUUCCUCAGCAGUACUUUCCCCAGUGUGCUGGCCUACACUGAAGACAUCCUCCAAUACAAAGGUUGUGCCACUACUGUCUUGGUGACAGGAGCAGGACUUGGAGAAAUGGUUCUGCAGUUGCUAGUAGGAUCGAUCAUUCAUGACCAGGGCAGUUACAGUUUCCUGGUCUGUGGAACCAUCUUUGGAGCCUUGGCCUUCAUUUUCUACGUCUUCCUUUUAUUCUUCCACAGGAUGCACCCUCAGCCACAAUCAGAUACGGAUCUGUCACCUGACAAGUCACCACCCAUGGGGGAGCCUGAACUUUAUCAGAGCUAAAGGAAGCAUCACAUUUGUAAUUGGACCAAGCACAGUAUCACUAUGCGUGAAAGAUUUGCUCUCACCACCUGGUUAAACUACCUGAAAUUUUUUUACAAUGAGACUUUUUGGUUCCCACUUGUUCCUAGCAAAAAAAAGCAUUCAUGGUUACCAGGGAAGGCUCACUGCAGCACAAACUAAGGGACUAAAGCUGCAGAAUCCUAGAAGGGCUGAAUUUUUGAUAUGGAAAUCUAAUUUCUCUGGUAAAGAAAUUUGUGGAGGCAGGUGGUGAACAAGUGUACUGCUGUCACUUCUUACACGCUGUGAGGGGCACCCGCCCUAUAUUCACUCUCACUAGGAGGCCUCUCUCUGUAUAGCCCUCCUAAUUUGGUAACCUGCAAGCUGUUUGCUGCAGAGUAAUUUUUAAAAAAUUCUCUAGCCCUGCUGCUGUAUCAUGAUUGUGAUAUGCAAGUUUUGUACAACUCCCUCCCCCCAUGAGAUUUUAUCUUAGCAUGGCAGAAGGGCCCCAAGCUGGUAGAGGUGGUUUAAGUACAGCUAGUGAUGGAUAAAGCACAGUUGGACCAAAAUAGGUUAAGCUCUUAAAAUUAGCACAAAAGCUGUAGCCUACUUCAGUUGCAGGAAUUGCCCAACUGAGACUGGGUGAAAGUUCUGAUGUACAUGAAGCCAAACAUCAAGUCUCUUCCAUUAUGUGCAAUAUAAACAAGAGGUGCCUUCCAGGAGCAGAACUUGAAAGGUACUGAACAGCCUGGAAUGAAGGUAGCCAGAUAGUAGUAGUGAUGUUAAUGACUAUUAUGAAGAGAAGGUGGUGGGAUAGCUGGAAGAUGGAACUUGAGCAGAAUGGAGCUGAUUUUGUUGCAAAUGCUGCCCCCUAAUAUACAUAUGUAUAUACAGGGAAUGUUAAUUAAUGUGAUUGCUCUUGUUGCAUGAACUUUUGUGGAGUGACAAAGAUGGGACCCAGCAACUUCACUGAAGCAGAAAAAUGUGCCCGACAGGCUGGUCACCCUGCUCAUCUCUGUACCUGUACCCGAUACCAAACUUUUGUUGCCAUUUGACUUACAGAAUGCUAUGUUGCAUGGGUAUGCGCCCUCAUCUUUGGUUUCUGUGUUGCCCAAACCUUGAAUACAACAUCCUUGAAUACAGAA